AGCGUCGAAAGAGCAACAAUUUAAACCACAGGGCAGGAACAGCAUUUCAUCGUGCUUGCUUUAGCAGAAUCAAACAGUUUGUUCAUCGAUUCACAGCAACAAGGUUACAAAAUGGCUCUCCGUGUUACCAGGAAUACCCGGCUGGCCAACAGCGAAAAUCAGACCGCUCUGCCUGGGAAAGCAGUUGUAGCGAACAAGCCCGGACUGAGACCAAGGGCCGCGCUGGGGGAGAUCGGCAACAACCCGCAGACCAGACAGGCUUUGAGGAAAAAGGAUGUGAAGGCUGCACCCGUUCCCGAGGUCGUGGCCGAGAAGUUGCCUAUAGCUCAGCCUCUUAAAAAGGAGUCUCCUACUAAAGUAAAGAAGAAUGACGUUCAGGUUUUGUCUGAGCCCUCCUCUCCGGUUCCCAUGGAGACCUCUGGCUGUGCUUCAGAUGAUCUGUGUCAGGCUUUCUCUGACGUUCUGCUCGACAUUAAGGAUGUGGAUGCAGAUGAUUACGAUAAUCCCAUGCUGUGCAGCGAAUACGUCAAGGAUAUCUAUUUGUACCUCCGCAAGCUUGAGACUGAGCAAGCUGUCAGGCCAAAGUAUCUGGAAGGAAGAGAGGUUACAGGAAAUAUGCGUGCCAUUCUUAUUGACUGGCUCGUCCAGGUCCAGAUUAAGUUCAGGCUGCUGCAGGAGACCAUGUACAUGACAGUUGCCAUCAUUGAUCGUUUCCUGCAGGAUAAUCCAGUUCCAAAGAAGCAAUUGCAGCUUGUUGGUGUAACAGCCAUGUUCGUUGCCUCCAAGUAUGAGGAGAUGUACCCACCAGAGAUUGCAGACUUCGCCUUUGUGACUGACCGUGCCUACACCACUGCUCAGAUACGAGACAUGGAGAUGAAGAUCUUGAAGGUUCUCGACUUUGGCUUUGGAAGACCUCUGCCUCUACAGUUCCUCAGGAGGGCUUCAAAGAUUGGAGAUGUUACUGCAGAGCAUCACACAUUGGCCAAGUACUUUCUGGAGCUCACCAUGGUUGAUUAUGACAUGAUUCACUUUCCUCCAUCCCAAGUGGCUAGUGCAGCUUAUGCCCUUACUCUGAAGGUCUUCAAGUGUGGAGAAUGGACCCCUACGCUUCAGCAUUAUCUGGGCUACAGUGAAGAUCAGCUUGUUCCUGUGAUGCAGCACAUUGCCAAGAAUGUUGUAAGGGUCAAUGAGGGGCUUUCAAAGCAUCUGGCUGUAAAGAACAAGUACUCCAGUCAGAAGCAGAUGAGAAUUGCCUCCAUUUCUCAGCUUAAAUCACCCUUGAUCAAAGAGCUGGCCAAGCAAAUCUCAUAGUGUGGGGGAUAUUUUGAAGAGACUUAAGCACUAUGUGCUACCUUGUAAAAAUUGUAACUUAUGCAUGCUUUUACUAUUGGAAGUUUUAAUGUUUAAAGCGUUUUACAGAUUCUUCUGCACUGCCAUGAUCGCGCAUAGGUUGUCUUUAAUGUGUUCCAAGUGUUUAUUAAACCUUGGCUUUUACAUUGUACAUUUUACUUUCAAAUAAACCUUUUUAAAGUUUAA